CAGAUUCUGUGAUGGAAAAGAAUGCGGUGGAUGCUACCAUCUUUCUUGUCUCGAACCUCCCAUGGUGGAUGCUCCCCUUGGAGUUUGGCACUGUCACCUUUGCUUGAAGAAGAGAUAGAAUUUGGUGUAUAUUCUGUGUCCGAGGGAGUAGAAUCAAUUUGGGAUGUCAGGGAAGUCAAGGUGUUUCGUGCUAAUGGAUGGACAACUGAGAAACAUUUUCUCGUGAAGUAUAAAGGCCUUGCUCAUGUUCACAACCGUUGGGUACCAGAAAGUCAGUUACUUCUUGAAGCUCCUCCAUUGCUGUUUGAGAAAUUUAAUCAGAAAGAUCAGGCCCUAAAGUGGAAGCCAGAAUGGAGCUUACCUCACCGGUUGCUUCAGAAGAGAGCAUUAAUCUUUGCCCAACAGGAUGGUGAUCCCAGUAGCGGCCAGGCUAUUGGUAAUUCUGACUGUCAUUAUGAAUGGCUUGUUAAAUGGCAUGGUCUUGGUUAUGAACAUGCAUCAUGGGAGCUGGACGACGCUUUGUUUCUUCAUUCACUUGAAGGUCGGAGGCUGAUUAAAGACUAUGAAGAUCGUCACCAGAGGGCAAAGAGAGUUCCUUUAUCAUCCAAAGUUGAUAAGAAACUAGACCGCAUUACUUCUUUUAGCAAAUUAUCUCAGACACCUGGUGGAUUUCCACCUGGAUUUGGUAUCAACAAUUUGGAUGCAGUUAACAAGCUGCGUGAGCAUUGGCACAAGGGUCAGAAUGCUGUUGUAUUUGAUGACCAUGACAGAAUGGUGAAAAUGGUUGCAUUCAUCUCAUCUCUGGUCUCUAAUACAUGUCGACCUUUUCUCAUUAUCUCAACUUCUGCUGCUCUCCAUUUAUGGGAGUAUGAGUUUUCUUGUUGGGCCCCAUCUCUCAAUGUUGUUAUUUACAGUGGAAACAAAGAGAUUCGUAGAAGCAUUAGGAAACUAGAAUUUUAUGGGGAAGGUGGCUGUCUGCUUUUCCAAGUGCUUAUAGUACUUCCAGAGAUCAUCAUUGAGGAUCUAGAGGUUUUGGAAGGCUUAGAAUUUGAAGCAAUCAUAAUUGAUGAGUCCCAGUGCUCAAAGAUCUCAUCUUAUUUGAAGCAAAUUAAAAUGUUAAAGACAGAUUUCUGGAUUCUUCUAUUCAGCGGCCAACUAAAGGAUAGUGUUGUAGAAUAUCAAGAUAUCCUGGCUUUUCUUGAUCACCAGAGUUACAAUGAAGAUAAUGGUGAUUUAAUCUCGAAUUCCAGUGAUAUUGGUCAACUAAAGGAUAAGCUGUCAAGUUUUGUUGCAUAUAGAUGCAACUCUGACUCCUUUAGGUUUGUUGAGUAUUGGGUUCCUGUAAAUAUCUCCGAUGUGCAACUUGAGCAGUAUUGUGCUGCUUUACUUUCAAACUCUUCAAUACUACGCUCACAAUCAAAAUCUCAUGUCACUGGGGCACUUCAUGACAUUCUUACGACUACCCGGAAGUGUUGUAAUCACCCCUAUCUUGUUGAUGAAUCCCUACAAAGUUUACUUAUCAAAGAUCUUCCACCGGCUGAGAUCCUGGAUGUUGGAGUAAAAGCAAGUGGGAAGCUGCAACUUCUUGAUUCCAUGCUCAUGGAAUUGAAAAAACAAGGUCUGAGGGUGCUUAUUCUUUUCCAGUUCCUAGGUGGUUCUGGGAGGGUUUCAAUUGGAGAUAUUUUGGAUGACUUGAUACGUCAAAGAUUUGGUCCCGAUUCAUAUGAAAGAAUUGACAAGGGUGUUUUGAAUUCUAAGAAGCAAAGUGCUCUGAAAAUGUUUAAUAACAAGGAGCAUGGGAGAUUUGUACUUUUAUUAGAGACAAAUGCUUGCCAUCAUAGCAUCAAAUUGUCAUCAGUUGAUACCAUUAUCAUUUUUGAUAGUGAUUGGAACCCAUUGAAUGAUAUAAGGUCCCUUCAGAAAGUAGCACUUGAUUCACAGUUGGAGCAUGUUAAAAUAUUUCGCUUGUAUUCGUCUUUCACUGUUGAAGAAAGAGCCCUAGUCCUUGCUAAGCAGGAUAGACCGCUUGAUAGCAAAUUGGACCUAAGUUGGAGUACUAGUCACACGCUGUUGAUGUGGGGCGCAUCAUCUUUAUUUGAUGAUUUAAAAGCUUUUCAUGAUGGUAAAACUGAUAUCUUAAGUGUGAACUCCUCAUCUGCACAAUUAUCUUUGAAACAAGCUCUACAUGAAUUCUUAUCCAUACUUAAGCAAAAUGGUGAAGAUACUGACACAAGGGACUGCUCAUUUUUAUUGAAAGUCAAGCAAAAUGGAUUAAAAUACUACCCAAAUUUUUCUUUGCUUGGUGAGUGGAAAUUUAAGUCACUGGAUUCAGAGCCAUACCACUUAUUUUGGACAAAAGUUUUGGAGGGCAAAAAUCCACAAUGGAAAUACUCAUGCGGUUUAUCUCAAAGGAGCCGGAAAAGGGCUCAGCAUAUGGAUGGUUUGGGAAAGAGGUCUGACUUUGAGAAUGAAGAGGUAGUGAAAAAGCGCACAAAAUUUAUAAAUAAUGCUGAUCAGCCUUAUUCAAAACGUGAAGGUGAAAAAUUAUCCGCUGGAAACAAGGAAGGAAAUUUUGGAGAAUCAAGGGAAAGACCUCAAGGCAAUGAUGUUGAAUUCCUGAAAGCAAGGAAAUCACGUGAUGAGCAGAGGAGCUUACAUCUUUCUCUGAAGUCAGAAAUAGCUAAGCUUUGUGGAAUCCUUGAUGUCCCAGAUAAUGUCAAGAGGAUGGCUGAUGAAUUUCUUGAUUAUGUCAUGAACAACCACCAUGUGAAUAGUACUCUUCCAAAGUCAAUAUUGGAGGCUUUUCAAAUUGCUCUGUGCUGGGCCGCAGCUGCUUUGGCAAAGCACAAGAUUGACCAUGAAGCUUCCCUUAUGCUUGCAAAACAGCAUCUAAAAUUUGAUUGUAGGAAGGAUGAGGCAAAUGUAAUUUAUUCAAUGUUGCGGUGUCUGAAGAAUAUAUUUUUGCAUCGAACAGGAAAUUACAAUGUCACUGGCUCUCCAAAAGCUUCUGCAUCUGGAUUAUCUGAUAAGAAUUAUUCCUGUACGGGCUUGGCACUAGAAGCUGAAUUGGCUAAGAAAGAUGUCUUAAAAAGCAUUAAAGAAAUUCAAAAGAAAUGCCAAAAGAAGCUGAGGAAGUUACUCUUUAAGCAUCAAGAAGAAAAGAACAAGUUGGAUGCAACAUAUGAGGAAAAAAGGGCCGAUCUUGAGAAAAAGUACAAAAUAGAAUCAGCUGUUAUUCGGUCCCGUUCUCCUAAUGAUGUGAUCAGAUCAGAAAACCUCAAGAAUUUAGAUAUUGAAUAUAAUGAAAGAAUUGAAGAUCUGAAGCAUCAGUACGAAAUGCAUCUCAAAGAUCUUGAGAAUGUCCAAUCGACAGCAAGGCAAAUGUUACAGAAUAGGGAGGUCGCUUGGGUGGAAGAUGUGAAGUCUUGGGCACAAGAUGAAUUGUUAAACGCACUUCCUUCAAAAGAACAUGGGAAUGGGAUAGAAUACUUGAAGACUAGCAUGCAAGCUGAGCCUGACUAUGAUCCCAAGAAUAGGUGCCUUGUGUCCAAUCUUGUUACUAAGGAUACUAAUUUUGAUAGAACAGUUGAAGCCAUGAUAGGGACUCGUCUUGGAUCAUCUAGAACUCCUGAAAUCAUGUCCCCUAUGCUUGUACAGUGCGGUGAUCCAGUUGAUGGGCAAACUCCUCCGGUUGAGGCUGCUAGUGCUUAUGAGGGCCAUGAUAGAGCUCAAAACGUAUGUGAUAGUCAAGGGAAAAUUAUCUCCGUGCCUGCCCAUCCAAAAGAACAUAAUGUCAAUGGAGCCACACGCAUGAUGAACGAAGGGGAAGGACAUAAUAUUUUCUAUGAUGGUUGCGGGGAAAAAACUGUGCCUGAUGGCUCAGAGAAGGAUACAGCCGUGGAUCCUUCUUCAUCCAGGGAACUAAUUCCUGAUAGAAGUCCAUUGAAUGUUUCAGAUAGAGAGUUAUCAUCAAGACAAUGUGAAAGUCCACCGUUGCCAGAUCAGCAAACUUCUCUUGAAGUCUCAUUAUGCAUACGUGAUGGACAGGUCCCAAUUGAAGUGCCUGAAACUAGUUGUGGAAUAGCUGAAGGUAAUAAGGGCGGAGAGCACCAAAGAGAUGGGGUAUUGUUGGAUCAAACUGCCACAUCAGAGGAGCGGGAACAGAUGUCAAGAACCAUGAACAAUAACACUUUGUCCCAGGCACUACAAGAUUCACCUGCCUCUUUAUUAACAUCCCCCAGAAUGGUUGAUAAAGAUGCAACGGUGGGAGAAAUACAGAAUUCUUCGGGACUGGUUGAACAGUUAUCUAAUCCAGCUGAUAUUAUUCCAGCUAAUCAAUGUAAUCUGCAGUCAGUCGUGGAGCCUCUAGAGCAGGUGCAGGAAUUACCAUCUGCAGAGUGCCUUGCUUCCAACCAGGAUACAGCUGGAGAAAUGCAGAUCUUUGCUCCGCAAGUUGAGCCUGUCUCUAGUCCUGUUGAUGCUUUACCAGCUGGUCAAUUUAAUCAUGACCCAGCCAUGGAGCCUCUAGAGCAACUACAGCAAUUACCUUCUGCAGCGGCCCCUGCUGCUAACCUGGACACUUCUGGAGAGUUGCUUAACUCUUCCCAGCAAGUUGAGCCAGUCUGUCGACAGGAUAAUGGGGCACAAGCCAAUGGAUUGAAUCAUGAGUCACGGGUCAGGGAGCUUCUACAGCAGAUGCAGCAACUUCCGCCUGCUGUCCCUCCUAAUUCCACCCACAAUCCAUCAGUGGCAACUGAAACUGAACUCCGGUCAAAUAAUGAAGAUUCUCUGUGUGGCCAGGUUUCCCCUGCACCAAUGGAGGUUACAAAUCAGGCUGUCGUUCAUUCUGCCUCUGAACUUGAUUCACACACACCUGUUGGUACAUGCAGAACGCAAUCAUUAGGCACUAGAAAUGUGUUCACUCCUCCAGAGAUCAAUAACCGUCCUAGACAAACUACAAGCCAAUCAGCAGACACGGAUCCGUUAAAGAAUGAAUUGGACAGAUUACUAAGAGAGUCAGAGCAAACCUUGAAAUACUAUGAAGAUAUGAAAUUGCAGUUGAAAUCUGAUUGUGAGAGAGAGCUGGAGGAAACUCGCAGGAAGUAUGACGUCAAGUUACAGGAGAGAGAGCUUGAGUUUCAUCUGAAAAAGAAGAACCUGGAAACAAAUAUCAACUUAGUUCUCAUGAAUAAGAUGUGGGCAGAGGCUUUUAGGUCCAAAUGCAUGGAUCUUAGAGUAUCCGGACCACAAGGAAUGCAGCAAGAUCCAAGUUUGGCACAGCAAUUGGUUUGGACUUCAAGCCAGCAAAGAGAUGUGAGGCCUUCCCAAGCAGCAAGUCCACCUCAUGGGCCUCCUGCAUCUACACUGCAGCAUUUGGCCGCUGCUUCUAGCCCUCAAACCAUGGCGCCACCUCCCCCUGUAUCCAGUAUGCGGACCUUCCCUCUAGGGAGCUCACAGAUUUUGGUGCCACCCAUGCCUGCUACGGCUAGCUCUUCACCCAUGGUGCCACUUAUAUCUACUAUAACUAGCUCGCAGAACAUGGCACCCCCUCUAGUGGCUGCUUACAAUGCACCUCCAAGGCCACCUCACAUCAACUCCAUUCCUCCGUUGGCAAACCAUCAAGCUGGUAGUGGGUUCCGUACCACUCCUCCCCAUCUCCAGCCUUAUAGACCACCAACAUCUGGCGUGUUGAGUCAACAAGCUCCUAGUAACAAUCCUGCAAUGCCCUCAUUGCCUAACCAUGCUCGACCAACACUUCCAACCAAUACAUCUGAUCCUCAUAAUAGAGUGCAACGGCCUGAAAUUCCUGUAAGGUUACCCAUUCCUAACUUCUCAGCCAGGGAGCCAGCGAUGGGUGGUAAUUCUCAACUGGGUAUGAAUCUGUCAAAUACUCUGUUACGUCCAUCAAAUGUGACAUCAUUGCAGCAAUCUAAGUUUGGCACCGCUAGUAGCAUGCGGGAUGACUGUGUCCGUCCAGCUAUGUCACCCAACGUAGUCUGUUUGUCAGACGAUGACUAACCUAUCAGGAAGAGCUUGAUUUCAGCUAUUUUGUCCUAACACGAUAUAUAGCCGGCUCCAAGAUUUGCUUUAGUUUCUUGUGUUUCAGAGGCCUCUGAUUGCGGUUGGCUAUUGAUGUGCAGCAAGGCCGUUAUAUUAACUUUCGGCUUUUGUUAAACGCGUUAUUGUAUUUGAAUAUUUGAUAGUAAAAUGUACAUAUAUGUAAUUAAUUACCUUGGUAAAAGAAAAAUCCGUAAGUAAUUGUCUUGGAUUUGGUUCUUUGGGCUGCUUUUGAGCAUGAUCUGAAGCAUGGUGGAAGCCAGCUAGAUCUAAGGGCCUCUUUUUGGUUCCGCAAGAGUUUUCGGGGGGACAGAAAUGGAAGUGGUUGUGUACAUGGAAGUAGAAAUAGAGUUUAAAAGUUUGUUUGCUA